AUGCGUAUUAUGUUGCCUCUAGCUCUCGAGUAUUACCUUAAGUCCCGUUCCAACGAGAUAACUAAGACAGUAAAUAAAGAGACGUCCAAACUGUGUUCUGGAGAUGCUGCCAAGAUGCAACGAUCCGUCCAAAAGAUUUGCGGAAAAUGGAGAAAGAGACAGGAUGAGUUCCGAAACUACCUCAGCACUUUAGCAUGUACCAAAAACAACGUCCGUAAAUCACUGCAGUUUAUUAACAAAGCACGCCUUCAGAGAAUCCUCAAUCUACUUGACUAUAUUGAAGAUCAAGGAUGGGCAGAUGGAAGUGGAAUAGGCUCCCUUGAUCAUGAAAUGAAUCGAGAUGGUGCUGGAUACAUGCACACUCUUUUUCUUCUAAAGAAAUCUUUACACCAGGACCCAAGAAAUAAAACCAGAUUGGUGAAUAUGAUUAACACUGCCAAAUGGUACAAUGAUUUUGGAGAAGUUUAUCAAUCAAAAUUCGAGUUCAAAGGAACGACGGCCGACAGAAUGAUCACAAUAUUGCUAUUUCGACUGAUGAUUGUCUUGGCGAUGCCUGCUACCACAGAUAAGGAAAAAAAGGAAAGGCAGAGGGAUAUGGAUGCUUUGAAAAAGUGGAUGGAUAAUGCCCUGAGUAUCAACAAAGCAUUCGGAGGAGUCAUCAAACCUGAUUAUACCGGUUUUCAUCACAAAGCGUUCUAUGCAUCUGCCUACGCUCCACAUGCUUUGCACACAGCAGCACAAGUGCAAUAUCUGUUAGAAGGAACAAACUUUGCUUUAUCAGAUGCAUCUAAACGAAAUUUACUGGAGGCUCUCAAAACAAUGAGGCUUAUAUCCGUGAAGUACUCUACCCCAAGCAGUGUUGGAGGACGUUUUCCAGACUUUUCAAAGGAGGCUCUGAUAAAUAUCCUCCCGGCGUACGCGUACAUCAGUGUCUCCUAUUCAUCCCAGUUAGUGGCAUCGACUCCACCGAAAGGGAUAACUAUUCCAAACACCAAAAACGCAGGCAUGUUUCUACGUUUGUAUGAAUUAUCGGACAAAAAUGUGAAAAAGUAUUUGGAAGAUGGAAAGGUUUACAGGGGUAAAUCGUACAUGAACAGUCUUGGAUGCCUGAAAAUAAUGAAUGAGCUCAAGUCGAAAGCCUCAACCUAUGAACCCUCUCCUGAAGGUCACUGGUCCAAGAACUUUGCUGCUCUCUCAAUACAUCGUCGUAAGGACUGGGCCGUUACAGUCAAAGGUUUCAACAGGUUUGUCUGGGACUUUGAGGGCUCCACAAAGAAGAAAACACCAGAAAAUGCCUUUGGUACCUAUCAAAGCCAUGGUUCAAUGUUGAUAGCAAAUAGUGAAGAGGCGCUAAAAGCUCACGAUAUAGAUAACGGAUGGGACUGGACAAAGGUUCCUGGAGCAACGACGAUGACUUUGACACUAUCGCAAAUAAGGCUCAAAAAGGCACGAAAUUUUAGUCCACUUUCCUAUGCUGGCGGAGUUACCUAUAAAGGACCACAGCCUUUAUCCAGCGGAGUAUUUGGAAUGGACUUUCAUCAACCAGAAUAUCAAUUUUUUGAAGAGGAUCAUCCGCAUCCUAAAGUUAAGCUUCACUUUAAGAAAUCUGUCUUCUUUUUCCAAAAUGUUUUAGUUUGUCUUGGAAGCGACAUUAAAAUAGAUAAUGGCGGAACAGCAACUAAGGCGCGAACGACACUGUUUCAAGACAAACUAGUUAGAGGUGCAUCUAAAUUUUCCAUCAAAAUGGACGGCGUGACCAAAGACAGCUCAGAUCUAUUCGAAGCUGUAAACCCCCUUUCUAAAAACAAGAAAGAUGGCUAUACUACUUUAGUCGACACCAAAGGCAACAGUUAUUACAUUCCAAGAUCGAGUGCAUCUGAUCUCAAGGUACAUGUCCAGAUUCAAAGUUCGCAAACUGUAGCUGCUGUCUGCUCCAGCGGUAUUUAUGCAACAGCCUGGCUAGAGCACAAUUCCACGAAUGCCAAGUACGAGUACGCUAUAUUUGUAAAAACAGACUCUUACAGAAGCACUGCCACCGCUAACUGGGAUCGCCUACACAUGAAUUCAAAUCGGGUGCUGUACUCGGUUCUGCAACAAGACGAUAAGGCACACGUGGUACAAUUUGGUAUAUCACCACAACGUAAUGCCAUCAUAACACCAUUGUACGGUUACGUAAUCUUUGAUGCCACGUCAAAACUCCCCAAGGGUGGUUUAAUCACAAAAGUGACCAAGCAAUGUCGCAUCAUGGUCGAGCAGAAUUCCCGAUCCGUCUUUUUAAGCAUCAGCUACCCUGACUUGAAUUUCAAUGUCGACGGGGAGCUGAAAACGUCAGGCGACGUCAAUAAGGAGGAACUCUAUGAGCUAGAAAGUCGGGAGGUGGAAAUUGAGGUCACCUUGUCAGUGGAUGUGAAAACAACCCUCCCUGGUUCAGCGGUUAUCGUACAUGGAUCUCCUGCCGGGUAUCAACCGAGGGUUGAAGUAAAGCGUCCGGAUUCCUCCCCUCUCCCAGGAAAAGGAAAGAUAAUUGUCUUUAAAAAUCUCAAGAAUGGAUUCAGCGUUGAAGUGAAAUUGGAGAAAUAA